AUGGCAAAUUCAAAGCCAAAGCUGAAGCCAACAAGCACGGGAAAGAGUAACAACGACGUGAGGCGACGAACUCGUCGAGCUUGUGAUCGUUGUAAAUUCAAGAAGGCCAAGUGUGACGGAACUUCAAAUUGCAAGACCUGUCAGGCCGUGGGCAGCGAAUGCAAAUACACAUUACCCCGAGGACGAGACGCAAGAAACUAUUACUGCCAGAUGCGAAACGUGACCGAGACCGCCCUCCAAAAAUUGUAUUGGGCAUGUCGGACGAAAUCCGAUUUUCCAGGAGACAUACCAGACGAGUCGACCGGUGCGGUUACGACCAUGGCCAUUUUGAAAGGACUUCACUUGAUCGAUGAGCCACGGUCUUCCCAAGAAUCGCACCAUCUCAAUAGUGCUCCCACCAAACCAAUCCAGAUUCAACCCGCACCUUCAAGUUCUCCCAUCAAACCUCUGGCCGGGGCUGAUCACAUCAGAGAAGGCCACCCGGCAUCCACAGCGCCCGCCUUGGAUGUCUCUCAGGAGGCUGCGGACAAUCAAACUCCCAGUCCUCGAACCGUCGCAUCUUUAGAACUGGUGACUCCUCCUGAGCCCGACACGGCUGAGCAAUUUGCAGCCAACAAUUCCCCACCGCUAAUGCGACCGGACAUGAAAGUCGUGGAUUCUCACACCGAAGCCUUCCGCUCCGAGCGCCACCGAGAUUCAGAUAUUGACGUUGAUUCUUUUCUCGAUAUGAGCUCCUGCACCAUCCCCAUGGAUGCGCAGCCACCACAAAAUUUCUUGCCGUUAGGCCAAUUCAGCAUUCGCCCAAUGACUCAAAUGAGACUCGCACCCCAUUUACCCGGCGGUCAAAUUUCACAGGAAUCCGUGGGCGACGCCUUCUUGUCACCGUGGCCAGGCUCCUACGCGGCCGCCUACCAGUCAGUUAUGAAUUGA